AUGCCAGCCCGGGACCUCUUCGACGGCCCCUUCGACGGCCCCUUUGACGGCCCCCGAGGCGCCUUCCACAUCAUCACUGAUGCUUCCUUCGAGUCGACAGUCCCUCGAGAGCUGACAGUGGGUUGCCUCACCUUGGAUCAGCCGGUCCAUUGGCCCGACGAGGGAAGGGAUGAAGGGAACACGGAUGAGACUGCGCUUGAUGAAGAUGUCGACGUCUACCGAGAGCUGAGGCCCGAUGAUCAGCCACAACACUCCCCCCACGUACACUUCCAGGGAAGCUGA